AUGCCACCGAGACUACCACUCCGCAAGCCCCUCGAGGCUCUCUUCAAACGCAACAAUGCCACCAUCCUCACAUCCCGCCGUACCCUCAUCGCCGCGCCAAAACCAAACUCCGGGCCUCUGAUGGAGCGCCGCGCCGACCGCGCCCUCCCCGACAUGACUCCCAGCAAAUCAUGGAUGAUCACACUACCUCUAUUCCUUACCGCCAUGGCUGCCUCCACCCUCGCCAUCUUCAACUACCAAAAGCAAAACUCGUCUGUUGUGACCAGCACAAUGUACUCAUUGCGAACAAAUCCUUUGGCCAGAGAGAUCCUGGGUGAUGAGGUUUACUUUGCCAGCAAGAUUCCUUACAUCGGUGGAGAGAUCAACCAACUGCAUGGAAAGAUUGAUGUCGUGUAUUGGGUCAAGGGAACAAGGCAACAAGCCAAGAUGAGGUUCAAGAGUUUCAGGAAGACGAGGAUGGGAAUUUUUGAGACUACCGAGUGGAGUCUGGAGUUGAUGGAUGGCACUGUGGUGGAUCUGCUCAAGAACACUGAUUCCGAUCCUUUUGUCGCUACGCCUAUGGAAGCUAAGGCUAUCGCUGCCGAGGCGUAA